GGCCUUACAUCAAAUUCAAUAUGAAAGAAAUUAUACAAAUGAACUCAGAUCAUGUGGAAUAUAGAGCAGUAUUUAUUUUCUUGGAAAAGACCAGAAUUAUUUUAUUUUUGUUUUAUUUUUAUUUUCUUUUUUGUCUCAUCCAGUAGAUUAGAACAGUCACGCACCUCUCAAAGUUGUUAGCCAAUCGCCAUGAAACAUGAAAAGGACAUGUGGAGGAGGGAGAGAGAGACAGGUAGAGGAAGUGGAGCAAGGCAGCGUGAGUUCGGUCGUUAGUUUCGGUUUGGUGCGGGCAGAGUUUCUGAGGCAACUAGAAGAUCACAGAACACGAAACAAACAAAGUCAGAGUCGAAACUGGCGGAGUGUUAUUUCGUUCUCACUUUCUUCCCGCGGUCGAGACCUGAAGACGAACUCACGGGGGUCUCACGUGCGCCCGCGGCGCCAUGUCCCGCGCUCUGUUGGAGGCGGUUGUCUUCCUGGGCAUCGUCGUCUGUCCCCCGGCAAUCGAUGCUCCAGAAAUGGGCGAGUGUUCUGGGCCGGUGACUGAAAUAAGUGCAACGGUUGGCAGCAACAUCACUCUUCCAUUCAAAGAUGCCACGGGAGAUCGUGUAUGGAGGUGGGAGAGAAACAACGCCGAGCUGAUCACCUGUCGCGAAGGACAUCCAGGCUUCCAAGGAAAGACUGAAGACAAAGGAAGAUUCAAAGUCUCCUGUGAAAACCACAACCUCACGAUCGUUGGGCUGCAGCUGGGAGACCAGGCGCAGUAUUCUCUAUGUAACAGCCGCCACACUUGUUCUUGUGUGAAUCUCACUGUGACACCGGACGACACGAGCGACAGAGAAGCCGCACAUUCGACUGAAGGCCCAGGCACCGAUCAGCACAACGUCCCCGAGUCAGGGACAACCGGACUAACUGUUGGAGCUGUUGUAGCUGUUGGAGUUGUUGUAGCCGUUGGAGUUGUUGUAGCUCUUGUAGCUUUUCCCCCCCUCUGCACCUGCUUCAGGUCAUCUGGGGCGUGUGUGUGGGUUCAACGUCUCACAGAGUAUCGGCGUGCAGCACGAGCGGAGCCGGAAGACGCAGCUACUGGACCGUCUCCGUCCCUACACCCCGUCCCGGAGUCUGCGGUCGACGGACAAGGGUUGGCUCUCCGUCCCCAACACCGGACCGCGGACUGAACCAAGGUUUUUUAUUUUUGAAAUAUAGAUACGUGUGAUAAUUAGUCAUGGUGUGACUCAACCAGCAGGAAUAAAACUGUCCUUUCCUUUU